AUGAGUGAUACUGAAAGUAACAACGGGACAAUUAAAACGAGUAAUAAUGUUCGUCUUAAAGCAAGUAUUUGCAAUACUUGGCUUCGUAAAGGUUAUUGUCCGCGUGGAUUGGCUUGCAUUUAUGCACACGGAACUGAUGAACUUCAGGAUGGAGAAUCUGAGGAAAAGAAACAGCCAACAGUCAUUUGCAAAUAUUGGUUUACUACUGGAUGGUGUCGAAGUGGGGACUCUUGUCGUUUUCUGCAUCCACUUAAUGACAAACGAAUUCAAAAUGAUGAAAAUUUGAAAGAAAUUGAAAAUAAAGUUGUUGAUUCUUCUGCAAAUGUUAAAGAUGAGAACUCUUCUGUUCGUGGAGGGAAAAAGAAUUUUGGUUCUCUUCUUAGUCUUUCGAAUGAUCCGCCUCCAUCUCUAAAAACUAGUGGAGGAAGUAACAAUCAGAAAAUUAACAACAACAACAAUACUGCCAAGAAUAUUUCAUCAAAUAAUUGCUUUUUGCAUGCAAAUCGUCUUAAAAAUCCAACAAUUCCUCCACCUUUGAUGUGUGAAAAUGUUGGGACUUUUGGAUUUUUUCAUAGUCGAAGGAAUGAAAAUGCUGGUGGAUCUUCUUCUGGAGAACGUUUAUCUGCUAAAGGAGGCAAUAAAUUUCAACAGCGUGAUACUCAGGACAGUUUUGAUGAUGACGACGAAUUGGUUUUGUUAGACAAAAGAUUUAACAAUAUGGAAAAUAACAAUGUUUUUGGAAGCAACAAAAAUGGUUGA